AUGCAACAAUUUUCGAUUUAUGGAGAGUCAUGUUCUUCAAAUUCAAAAAAUUCAACCGUUUCUAAAAGAUCAAAAUGGUUUCCGCCCAAUUACAGAUUUAAUUUAUUUAAAGGAAAUCCGGUUUUCGGUUUUAGAAUGCAACUUUAUUGUCGUACUGGAUAUUUAUUAGCCAUUUUUCCAGAUAAAAAAGUUCGCGGAACCGACGAAGAUACAAAUCCUAACGCUCUUGUGGAAUUGAGUUCGGAAAAUUUUGGAGAAGUUAAAAUAAAAGGUCUACAAUCGAAUCUUUAUUUGGCAAUGAACAAAAAAGGAAGAUUGUAUGGAGAAGUAAAUGGUAAAAACGAUGCGACCGUUUUCGUAGAAUUAGUGUACGGACAAUAUAAUUUAUAUUUAUCGAAAAAAUGGGCUCAUUUGGGAUGGUACGUUGGUAUAAAAAAAUCAGGAAAAGGAAAACCGGGACCACAAACAAAAUACGGACAAAAAGCUAUACAAUUUUUACCUAGAAGAAAAAAAUAUUGGUAA